AUGACAACUGUUAAAGAAGAUGAAGAUAUAUUUGAAAUAGUAGAUUAUACUACAGCCUCGGAUUGGGAACGAUUUAUUGCAAGGAUAGAAGAAAUUCUUUCGGAAUGGAAAUUAAAUGGUCCUGAAAUGUCCAAUACUGAAGUUGAUUUUGCUGAUGGGGAAUGGAUUGAACAUAAUGAAGCACUUGAAUUUGGAGAUCAUUCUUACACUAUCACACAUUUUUCAUUACAAAUACCAGAAAGUACUUCAUUAUCAACUACAGAAAUUAAUCCACAAAUGACAACAUCAGUAUCGUUUGAAAAACAAACAUUUAUUCCACCAAGAGCAAUGGCUGAUAUGAUGUCAAGACGAAAUGAUUUUCCAUCUCGUUCACCAUAUUUAUCGCAUUGGUAUGGUCUACGCGAAUUUAUUAUUCUGGCGCCGAAACGUAAUAAUGAUGCUGUGACAGAUGAAGAUCGUGCUAAUCUUUUACUCAGUUCAACAGCUAUUGCUGUUUCAAAUGUGGGAUGUAAUGUACCCAUAUUUAUUCGUGUACAACAUGAAUGGCGUAAUAUGUUUAUUGGUCUAUGUGAAGGUUCAGGUCUUCGAACACAUUUUAAUAUAUGUCAUUUAAAAAAUGCUCCACAUCAAUAUAGACAUUUAGCUGGUUUAUUAGAAAUAUUUAAAUCAAAAUUAGGUGCGAAUAUUUCAAAUGAUACAAUUGUUAUGGUUGCUGUUCGAUUUACUUAUGUAUUAAAAGAAUUUGAAUCAACUACAAGUCGACAAGCCUUACCUCGAGAUGAAGCAGGCAUGCCAGUAUUAACUGAUCUUCCAUUUGGAUCUCUUUAUGAUCCUGUCAGUGGUCUUCACCUUUCAUGUACAUGGCCAAUAUUUUCCGAAGAACUUGUUACUGAAAAUGAUGAUUGUAAUGAUUUCGAUCCAUUACUUUCUCAACAAUGGGCUAUUGGUGUUACUUUAUUAGAUGAUUUACCUGUGUUACUUACUGAAGCUGUUCAAGAAUAUUUAAAAUUAUCAACUCAACGAGAAUCAAUCGAACAAUUACUUGGUAAAAUUCAAACUAAUGAUGAACUAACAAAUAAUUCAACGAAUAUGGCUGAUCCAAUAAAAAGAAUCUCUGAUAGUCGUACACAACAAUAUUGGACAUCGUUUUCAUCCUCAAUUUCGAAUACAACAAAUAGAUUACGUGUUAAUAUAUUUAAUCCUCCCUUACCUCCAAGUGUUGUAGAAAAAACGAUUGAAUAUCUUUUCAAUGAACGUCCAACAUUAUCAAGACAACGAUCCCUCGUUGAAGAAUAUCCAGAAAAUACGGAACGAAUACGUCAAUUAAAAUCAGUACCAAAAGAUAGUUUUGUCUAUCGUCUAGUUGUAUGUUUUGCUGCGAUCUGUAGUUUACCUUCAUAUAAUCAUCUUCGUUCAAUUGCUCAUAUAUGGUUUGAUGUUGUACAAGAACUUCGUACACAUUGGGAAACAGGAAAAUUAAUUCCUGGAUUAGAAUCUGGUUCACCUAAUUUAUCAUUUUCAAAAUUUUAUCAAAAUUUACAAAUGCUUAAUUGUUGUAUUGAACAUCGUUUACGACAUGAAAAUGAUACAACAACUGUUGAAGAACAACAACAACCGCCUCAGCCACAACCGCAGCCUGAAUUAGAUGAAGAUGGUGAUGAAUUUUAUGAAUGUUCAUCAACAGUUCCACUAUCAAAAUCUAAUCUAUCAGAAUUACAACCUGACGGUCGUCUUAAACCAUGUGGUGAUUUAAAAUUACUCUAUUCAAAUGAUAUUCUCUAUAUACCUAUUACUCAGGAAUGUCCACCAGCAACAGAAGAUAUGCUUGAUGAACAAACAAUUGUAUUAACUAGUUUAGGGUCUGGUGAAGAAGCAACAUUAUUACGUGCGAAAAUGCAAAGUCGAUCACUUCUAUCCGAUAUGGAAAGUUUCAAGGCAGCAAAUCCAUUAGGUACAAUAGAAGAUUUCGUUCGAUGGUAUUCCCCACGUGAUUGGAUUGAAAUAGAAGAAAUCGAUAAAGAUGGAAAUAUGCAAAAAUCUUAUUCACUAAGCCAACGUAUGCAAUUACCAGAUAAUUUAUGGAUGGAAGUAUGGCAACAAGCACGUCCAAUAUCUGUUCGACGUCAAAAACGUUUAUUCGAUGAUGGAAAAGAAGCUGAAAAAAUUCUCCAAAAAUUAUCAUCAUUAUCACCUGGUGAAAUUCUUGAACAAUUAAUACCUGUACUUUUACAUGUUGUCUAUGACCGCAUAACAAAAAACAUUGAAGAUAUGGAAGAACAAAAUUCAUCAGUUUUAUUUGAAACAUUUUAUGCUAAAUCAGUUCUUCUUGUUAAAGGAAAAGAUGAACGAAAAAAGAAAUUACAACAAGAUUAUAUUGAAUGUCUGACAGUUAUUGAACAACAUAUGUGUCGAUUUCAAUCAUUUAAAGAAAAACUUUUUCCUUCAGAUCUUAAUCAACAAGAAAAAGAAGAAAUGACACGAUUUGCAAUAGAAUUACAUACACGUCCUGAGAUGCCUGUCAAAGGUGCUGCAAAUAGUCGAUUAGGAAAAAAGUUAGCAUCUCUAUUUGCUACAUCGAAACCUUUAUCAACUCAAGGUAGCAACAAUGAUUUAUCCGAAGUUAAAAAUCAAUUUAUGACACCAGCUGGUAAAGAAUAUAUUCUUCGUGCAUCAAUAGCUCGUCCAUCUCAAUCACGUUCAAGACCAUCCCCACAGCGAAUGUAUUGUAUGUUAGCACAAGAUGAAUUUCGAUUAUGUGGUGCCUUCUCCGAAGAUACAACAUUUUUUUAA